UGCACGGGAAGUUGAUUGACAGCAGGCAGCAGCUGCUGAGAUACCGAGACAUGGCGGAGCGUACAGUUUGAGUAGGGAACGCUAGAAGAGUUGCGCUACUUUUGCUCACACUUGAGUCCGCACAGCGCCAAAUAAAUGCCCAAGAAGAAACUAUAAACGCGGAUGAACAUGCUCUCCACGGAAGCGCUGGGGAAAAUAGACGAAGUUGCUUCGCGUAAGUGAUCCGGGAGAAAUGUCUCGCUGUUUAGUGCAGUCAACAGCCUCAGGCAACAAACAUGGCUUCUGUGCCUUUCUACUGUUUGUAAUGAAACCCCGCUUGAUUAACGUUAAGCCAUCACAUCUCAUGGCGCCGUGGCUCAAAUCCUACAAGUGAGCGGAUAGAGGGAAGUUGCUGCUGCAUUCAUCGGGUUUGUGUGAGGGGAAUUGGGUCUACGGCGAUAGCACGGAGCUAGCUAGUUAGCUAGACAACUGUGGGAACUGCAAUGGAGCCCAAGCACAAAGAGUUACUCCACCAGUACCACCAGAACUUACUGGAGUCCAUCACGGAUGCGGACCGGCUGAUAGAGUUGCUGAGUAAAUCGGGAAGCCUCAGCGAACAGGAAACCUUCGAGCUGGACCAAAACUGCUCCUCCAGCGCCGAGAAAGUGGAGCAGCUCCUGAAGAUGCUCAUGAACAAGGAUAGCGACCAUUUCCUGGAGCUCUGUGUGGCCCUGGAGAAGACAUACCCUCACCUGUACUCGGCCCUCUUCGCCAACGGCGGAGGACCAGCAGAGCACUCUGGGUCCACCUACAGCGUCCUGUCCACAAUGCCAUCAGACUCGGAGAGCAGCAGUUCCCUCAGCAGUGUCGGUACCAAAGCCUCAUCGCCUCCACCUGCGCUCAGUGACACCCGGCCGGCCAGCGAGAACCUGGACACCAUCCUGUUCCAGCUGAGACAGGUCACCAGGGAACGGGAUGAACUUCGCAAGCGCUUGGCACUUGCCUCCCCUGGCACCACCUUCGAUGACUGCAGGCCAAAUUCCAAACCUGGUCAUGACUACGAGCGUCUGAAAACGCAGUGCAUGAAGGCCAUGGCGGACCUACAGUCCUUGCAGAACCAGCACACCAAGACUCUGAAGAGGUGCGAGGAGGCCGUGAAGGAAGCAGACUACUACCACAUACAGCACAGCCGUCUCUUAAGCGAGCAGUCUCAGUUAAAGGAGGAGAUGGAGGUUAUGAAAAGAGAGAACGGCAAGCUGGUUCGGGAACACAACCAUCUGAAACAGAGCUGUGAGGAGCUCAGGAGACUUCACUCUGAAGAUCAGAGAGAGGUGGCCGACAUGAGACUACAGCAACAGCAGGUAAUCAGGGAGAACGGGUCAUCAGAGGUUUUAAACAAGCUCUACGACACAGCGAUGGACAAGCUGGAGGGGGUGAAGAAGGAAUAUGACGUCUUGAGUAAAAGAUACAGUGAGAAGGUGGCCAGUCACAACACUGAUCUGAGUCGACUGGAGCAGGUGGAGGAGGAGAACAGGCGCUUGCAAAAACAAACAGACGCUCUGCUUAAACAGCGCGACACGGCUAUACAGUACCAACAGCAGUGGUCUUCAUCUAUGAGACGAUUUGACUCGGUGCAGCAGGAGCUGAAUAAGGCCUCAGCACAGAACAAGGAGCUGCAGAGAGAGAUGGAGAGACUUCAGUCGGAGGUGACACGCUACAAGAACUUCCAGCUGAAGGCGGUGAAGGAUGGAGAGAAGUACAAGGAGGAGCGGGAUUCUGUGUUUAAUGAAUACAGACUGAUCAUGAGCGAGAGGGACCAGGUCAUUAAAGAGGUGGACAAGCUGCAGACGGAGCUGGAAGCGGCCGAAGCCCGGCUCAAAAACACCUCCUCUGAGAGGGUGGUGGCCAGUGAGGAGCUGGAAGCUCUCCGACAGGAGCUAAAUUCAUCGCUGGUGGAUCGAGACCGUGCCAUCUGUGAGAGAAACGAGCUGCUGGAAAAAUACUGCCAUGAAGUGAAGGACAAAGCGGAGGCCCAGAAAGAGCUGAGUCAGGCCUGUAAAGACAUCGAGACCGUGCGGGAGGAAAGAGAUGUGGCCAGGAAAGAGAGAACAGAAGCCAUCAUCCAGAGAGACCAGUUACUCCGGGAAUACUAUCAGGCCAGACAGAAACAAGACUCUGCCACGCUGGACAUGGAGCGUGCCAAUAAGGAGAUCGAUGUGUUGAGGAAGCAGUGUGAGGCCAUGUCUCAGGAGCUGAAGGAGGCCGUGCAGGAGGCAGAGGUGGCCAAGUGUCGCAGAGAUUGGGCCUUUCAGGAAAGAGACAAGAUUGUUGCUGAGAGAGAGAGCAUACGGACGUUAUGUGAUAACCUGCGCAGAGAGAGAGACCGUGCCGUCAGCGAUCUGGCUGAUGCCCUGCGGAAUCUUGACGACAUGAGGAAACAGCGGAACGAUGCGGCCAGGGAACUUAAAGAGCUCAAGGAGAAGAUGGAGAGCCAGUUGGAAAAGGAGGCGCGUUUUUGCCAUCUAAUGGUUCACAGCUCCCAUGAUUCAGCCAUAGACACAGACUCAUUAGAGUGGGAGACUGAGGUGGUGGAGUUUGAGAAGGAUCGGGAGGACAUGGAUUUGAAGGCAAUGGGGUUUGAUAUUGCAGAGGGGGUGAAUGAUCCAUAUUUACCAGGGGAUUGUGGGAUAUUUGUGACCAGGGUGGACAAAGGAAGUAUCGCGGAUGGAAGAUUGAGGGUGAAUGAUUGGCUUCUGAAGAUAAAUGAUGUGGACCUGACUCACAAAGACAGGAAGCAGGUCAUCAAAGCCGUACUUAACGGAGGCGGGCUAAUCAAUAUGGUCGUUCGGAGGAGAAAAUCUUUAGGAGGAAGACUGGUUACUCCUGUCCACAUUAAUCUCAUCGGACACAAAGACGCUGGUAUCACUCUUGAGGGUGGCGUGUACGUGGCUGCUAUCGCACCGGGCAGCCCAGCUGCCAGAGAGGGAUCUCUUACCAUCGGAGACCGCCUCAUUGCCAUAAAUGGGAUCGCUCUGGAUAACAAAUCUCUGAGUGAAUGUGAGGCUCUGCUGAGGGGCGGCAGGGACUCGCUCGCUCUCUCCCUCAUGAAGUUCUUUCCUCGGAGCACAUCGGGGCAGAACAUCUUUGAGAGCCUGAGGGAGGCCGAAAAAUCUAACGGCAGAAUCCACCUGUCAGAUGUUCAUUCACGAAACAGCAGAAACCUCAAACACAACAGUUCCACUCAGACGGACAUUUAUAGCGGGGACGCGGGCGGCGAGAGAAGAAGGACCAGGACUGACACGGAGGAGAGUGGUUAUUCCGAAAGGAAGGUCUACCCAAUCGCCACCUUGCACCCUAACACACUCCGACCCGCUUCAGAGCUGGGACUGGCCCGCUACAGCGGCAGUGCCUUUCAGGAGGUCUGCUACACCCGCUCCGAGUCAGUCGGCCCCGAAUGCGUUUCCCUGGAAACCACCUUAGAGAAGAAACACAGUGGUGGCACUUGGCCUAAAAUGGUGGUGGGUGUUUCCAUGUCAACUGACAGCCCGGCGCAACUCUCCAUCUACAGGUCACCCAAGCAAAGGAAAUCCAUCUUUGAAGCCGACGCCUUCAAAAGGCCAGAUUCAACCUCGAAGACGGACUACCAUUCGCCUCAACCUUUGAAAGCGGACUCCUCCCCUACACCUCCAACCCCACCCACGCGAAGCGACUCCUUCAAGUUCAAGCACAAACAUCAGGGAAGCUCCACCUCAGAGUCCACCAUCACCACGAUCUCUAUCCCCGAUCCCAAGCAGGAGGACCGCAACGGGAACCUGUACUUCACCGAGGUGGGGCGCGAGGGCAAGGUCUUGAGCUCCAGGAAGUCCUGCGAGGAGGACAUUGGUCGGAUGCGGCCGGAGGAACCAGAAGUGAAGCGUCCAAGACCCAAAUCGGCCCCGGCCCUCAGGCGCAGGAUGACUCCUCAGACCAUUGCUCUCCAGAGCUUCCAGAGUUAUUCAAACGAUGGUGACUCUCUGGAGCAGAGGGAAAUACUGCGUUCCUCUCCUAACCGACCUCAUAGACACAGUGUGGGUUUCGUGCCUACAGCCUAUAAUGGAACCCUGCCUCCCAAUUCAGCACAUCGAGGCCUGGCCCCCUGCCCUGCGAUAACAGCCGUUAUGAAGAACCCUGUUUACAUGGUGCGCAGUCACAGAGUUCACACUAACAACUGCCCUACCGUCACCAGCCAGAUCAAUCAGCAGCACACACACCCCAGUCCUCAGCAUCAAGGACAUCUAAGUCUGGACCUGAGCCAGAAACGCACCCCAGAUUACUCCGAGUCGUCCCGUAGCAGCCGGGCCUCACACGGCACCAACUCCCUGCCAUCCAGCGCUAGACUCGGUUCAUCAAACAACUUGCAAUAUCGCACUGAAAGGAUAAAGAUUCCCUCCACACCGCGCUAUCCUCGCUCCAUACUGGGCUCAGACAGAGGGUCCCUGUCUCAUUCAGAAUGCAGCAGUCCCAGUCUCAUCACCCCACCCCUGUCUCCUCUCAAUCUCGAGACGUCCUCGUUCGCCUCCAGCCAGUCUCAGGGCUCCAUCUCCACCUCCACCUUGCCCAGGAUCUCCGUCAGCCCUGUACCCACUGGAGAGCGGAGAAAAGACAGGCCAUACUUGGAAGAGCCACGGAAUGUCAUCGUGCACAAAGGGGCGGAGCCUCUCGGCAUCUCCAUCGUGAGUGGAGAGAAUGGUGGAAUCUUUGUCUCCAAGGUGACUGGGGGCAGCAUCGCACACCAGGCUGGGCUGGAGUAUGGAGACCAGCUACUGGAGUAUAAUGGGAUAAAUCUGCGCAAUGCCACUGAGCAGCAAGCACGGCUCAUCAUUGGCCAGCAGUGUGACACCAUCACGAUCAUGGCCCAGUACAACCCACACAUGUAUCAGCUCGGCAACCACUCUCGCUCCAGUUCCCGCUUGGAGCCAGUGAGCACUCAGUCCACCCCGCAGGGAAGUGGAGCCGCCACCCCAGAUAACCACUCCACCAUAGACACCUUGAGUGAACAGGAUGAAGGCACGCUCACCCCAUCCUCCAAACAGACGACACCCACCACCAGCCCCAACAGCUUCAUCAGAAUUUCUUCAGAGAGUUCCAAGAAGGUUCCAGAGCCUCGCUUGGUAACAGUGAGGAAGACUCAGGUGGAGCUGGGCGUUCAGUUGUGCGGAGGAAACCUGCAGGGGAUCUUUGUGGAGAGGCUGGAGGAGGACAGUCCUGCCAGAGGAGCAGAUGGGCUCGUUCCUGGGGACAUGCUGCUCGAGUAUGGCUCAGUUAAUAUGAAGAAUAAGACGGUGGAGGAGGCGUACCUGGAGAUGCUGAAGCCUGUGGAAACAGUGACUUUCAGAGUACAGAAUCGUCUGGAUGAGUUCAAACAGGUGAAAGACACUCCUGGAGAUGGAUUCUAUAUCAGAGCACUUUAUGACCGAGUGGCUGAGACCGAGCUCGACCUCUCUUUUAAGAAAGAUGACAUUCUCUAUGUGGAUGACACACUACCAAAUGGCAACUUUGGCACCUGGAUGGCCUGGCAACUUGAUGAAAAUGCACAAAAAAUUCAAAGAGGGCAGAUCCCUAGCAAAUAUAUGAUGGAUCAGGAGUUCUACCGCAGACACAGUAUGACUGAACUGAAGGACGAGACGGGCUCCAGUAAGACCCUGUCCGCAGCCGCGCGCAGAUCCUUCUUCCGCAGGAAACAGAAGCACAAACGCAGCAGCUCCAAAGAUGGGAAAGACGUGGUAGCCUUGGACGCGAUCAGCACAGACUCUAUUCCAUUCUUAGAGGACUGUGUGAGCCUGGCCUAUCAGAGAGUGCAGAAGAUUGACUGCAUGUCUCCAAGACCUGUCCUGAUCCUCGGCCCGCUGGUGGAUCCAGUUAAAGACAUGCUGGUCAAGGAAUCUCCAGGGAAAUUCAGCAGAUGUGUGCUUGAGGUGAUGAAGGCUUCUCAGCAGGCCAUCGAGCGCGGGGUGAAAGACUUUCUUUUCAUCGACUACAAGCGGAGGAGUGGCCAUUUUGAUGUGACUACUGUUGCCUCGAUCAAGGAGAUCACAGAAAAGGACUGUCACUGUUUGCUUGACAUUGCACCUCACGCUAUCGAACGGCUUCACAGCGUUCACAUUUACCCAAUCGUCAUUUUCAUUCGCUACAAAAACGCAAAGCAGAUAAAAGAGCAAAAAGAUCCGGUUUAUCUGCGGGAUAAAGUCUCUCAAAAACAUUCCAAGGAGCAGUUUGAGGUUGCACAAAAGAUAGAGCAGGAGUAUAGCAAAUUUUUCACAGGUAUUGUUCAAGGAGGCACCUUCCCUUACAUUUGCACUCAGAUCGUGACUAUUGUGGAUCAGGAACAGAGCAAAGUUCUGUGGACGCCGCUGGGCUCUCCGUAGAGACUCACAAACACUAGACUUUAUACACAACACACUCAAAGGUACACUAACGUUACAUGCGUCAUGUUGAAAUAGUGAUUCUUUUUUUUAGGGUCAAUAUUCAUUUUUAUUAUGUUAUUAAUUGUAACUCUUAUUUGUAUAUGUGUUUGUGUGUGUGUGUGUGUGCGCAUGCGGAAGCAGAAUGAUAGCACUGAAGUAUUUGUUCAUUUCCUUUGGUCUUCCUGACAGACAUGUACAGUUUUAGCAAUGCUGCAUUUAAGACACUCGUUUACAGAGCAAUCAGUCAGUGAAUAUCCCCCCCCGCCCAUACGCAGUACCAAAACGUAUGCGCGACACCCUCCCAUGUCCCACAUAUCAGCUCAAGGACUGAAUCCUCGUCUCGUGCUUUAAGAGUCAUUCGUGGCCAAGUUUGUUGUGUAGAUGUGAGUGAGCGUUGCUUUGAAUCGUAGUGCUUAUCUAUCAAGCUGAGACAGACAGCAGCUAAGCGGUUUCUACGGGCCAAAUGGAAGUGCCUUUGGAGAUCUACUGAGCGUAUGACAAUGGCAUGAGGUGAAAGCCUGGUAUUUAAACAGUAAAACUUCUCAGAUUGCACUCCAGGGCUAGACAGACCACUGUGUACUAUGAGAUCUCGGAGCUUUCUUAUAGCAGAGCUUAUAUUUAAAGAGAAUAUCCCACGUAACACUUGUACACGUAUGCGUAUGUAUGCAAUUUAACGAAAUAUAUAGAAAUCUAUUUACUGUAUUUUUACUAGGCUAUAGGCCUAGGGGAGCGUGACGAAGCGGUCACUUCUUAGCAAAUAUUAGCAUGUUUGCGUGUGUGUGAGUCGAGAGCGAAUGCACAUGUUUCUGUUUGCGUAUGUUUGUCAGUCACUUUUAUAUGUACUACACACUAAAAAAAAAAAAAGCAUCACAGAAAGAAAUGUUGCAGGGUAAACCUGAAAUUGUUUUCUUAAAUCUGUUGAAAUGUUAGUGGCUUUUCGUUGCUAUUUAAUUUUUUUAUUUUUUAUUCAAGAGGCGUGUUAUGUCUCAUGCCGACCAGUAGCCCCAUUCAUGUUGUGCCAAAAACAUGUACUUUUUCUUUUGUUUUUCUGUUUUGCACUUCCAAUGUUCUGAACCCUAAACAAAUGACUGUUCGUAGGUUUCCAGUAGAAUGGAAAUAGGUAAUUUUUACUGUAAUGUGUAUCACUCCUGUUCCGUACAUUUCAUUAACUGCCUUUUUUUUUUAAAGAAAAAGAGAAACACUGCAUAAAAAAGGGAUUUCUUAUUGCACAGUUUUCUUUUCGAAGCAAGAUAUCAGUCCAUCGGGUUGAAAUUAGGCAUUUUGUCGAAGUGAAUCUAAUGUCUAACUAUUUUUCUGAAUAGCUAGCGUAUGGUUUUACACGAGGGAUUCAUCAUCACCACAGAGUAUUUAGAACGAUUAGAACACAGGUACUGUUUCCAUCAGGAUUUCUUUUAUUCUAAAAGAAUGUGAUUUGUAUGGAGACGUCAUUAAUGCGAGAAUAAAAGUUGUUUUCUGUACCACACAAUGUGAUUAAAUGAAUGAAGAUGG